AUGGAGUUUGUUAUUACUAUCGUUGGCUCUAUUGUCGCUAAAGCUGUAGAGCUUACGAUCUCUCCUAUAAAAAACCACGUUAAAUACCUUUCCAAUCAUCAGCAAUAUGUUGAGACCCUCAAGAACGGACCUGAGAGGCUGAAAGAUGCAAAGGACGAACUGCAGCAUUCUGUUGAUGCAGCUAAACGAAACGGUGAAGAGAUCAAAGGUGAUGUUGACGAAUGGCUGUCUGCAGUCGACAAAAAGAUCCCUGAACUAGCAAAGAAAGUGACGGAACUUAGCCUGAAAGCUGAAGAGGAAGCAAAGGCCGUUGCCGAUCUAAUUGAACAUGGCAAGUUUGAAAGGGUUUCCUAUCGUGCAGCUCCGCAAGGUAUCGUGGUUGCACCAGUUAAAGGUUACGAGGAAUUUGAGUCAAGAACGUCGAUUUUGAAUGGAAUAAUGGAGGUUCUAAAAGAUGAUAGCGUCAGCAUUAUUGGGGUGCAUGGUAUGGGUGGGAUUGGAAAAACAACGCUGGUCAAAGAAAUCGCUAGAAAGGUCAAGGGCAAGUUGUUUGAUUCGGUUGUCAUAGCAACCGUAACUCAAGCCAUUGAUAUUGAGAAGAUUCAGAACCAAAUUGCAGACUUCUUGGGUUUGAAAUUUGAGGAACAGAGUAUGGUUGGAAAGGCAUUUCGACUACGAGAAAGACUGAAGGAAGAGAAGAGGGUUCUGGUUGUGUUGGAUGAUAUUUGGGAAAAGUUAGAUAUUGAGAAAGUUGGGAUUCCUUUGGGAGAUGAACACAAGGGAUGCAAAUUGCUGUUAACUUCUAGAGAGCUCAAUGUUUUAUUAAAUGGGAUGGAUGCUCAGAAAAAAUUUCCUAUUGAGGUUUUAAACAAAAAGGAAGCCUGGGACCUGUUCAAGAAGAUGACUGGCGACUGUGUUGAAAGUUGCGAUUUAAAGCCUAUAGCUAUGAAGGUAGCCAAAAAAUGUGCAGGACUGCCGAUAGCCAUUGAGACAGUUGCGGUGGCUUUGAGAGACAAAAGCUUGUUUGAAUGGAAGAAUGCUUUACGAGAACUGGAGAGGCCUUUGUCAAGCAACUUCACGGGGAUAACUGCGGCAUUUUCAGCUAUAAAGUGGAGUUUUAAUUAUUUAAAAAGCGAGGAAGUUAAGCGGACUUUCUUGCUUUGCAGUGUAAUAGGCCAUAAUGGUCUCGUCGAGGACUUGGUAAGAUAUACUCUAGCUUUGGGUAUAUUUGAUGGUGUCUACACUAUGGAAGAAGCUAGAAAUAAAGUAUUGACGGUUGUGGCUAAUCUCAAAGCGUCUGCCUUGUUGCUUGAUAGUUAUAAUGAUAAGUUCUUUGAUAUCCAUGAUGUUGUUUCGGAUGCUGCUUUAACUAUUGCAUUGAAGGACUACCGUAUGCUUCUUUUGAGAGAUCAUGAUCCAAAGGAGUUGUCCGAUAAGUUGAAAAAGAAGGGCUGGAGUAUGAUCAGCUUACGUUGUCCUCAGAUUAUAGCUAACCUUCCUAAGGAGAUGGAGUGUUCAGGACUUUCCUUUUUCCAUAUGGCCUAUGAUGGCGUGGUUAAAAUUCCUCCCAAUUUCUUCAAACGAACCGAAGGCCUCAAAGUCUUAGAUUUGUUCAGAAUGCAGUUUCCAUCCCUCCCUGAAUCAAUUAUUCACCUUGCAGACCUUCGCAUGUUGUGUCUAAAAGGAUGUGCAGUUGAUAACAUAACUAUCUUUGGAGAGCUCAAGAAUUUAGAAAUCCUUGACCUUGCUGAGUCAGGUAUCAAAGAACUACCUAAGGAGAUGGCACAGUUGACUCAAUUAAGGUUGUUAGAUUUGAGUAGCUGUAGUGAACUCAAAAUCAUCCCACCGAACGUCUUAUCAGGUUUGUCUAAAUUAGAAGAAUUAUAUAUGGGUUGGAGCUUUGUUGAAUGUGAAAAGGGAGGAGUAGUUGAAAAUGAGAGGAAAAAUGCAAGCCUUGAUGAAUUAAACAAUUUGCCUUGUCUAUCUACUUUAGAUGUUCAUAUUCUUGAUGUCCGAAUGAUACCAAAGCACUGGUUUGUUGAGAAAUUGGACAGAUUCAGGAUUUUCGUAGGUAAUAAUAGAACGUAUGAUUGUUGCAAUAAUUAUGAAUCUCCGAAAGCAUUGAAUCUCACGUUAUAUACGAACAUUGAUUUGGACAAUGGGAUGAAAAUGUUGUUGAUAAAGACAGAAAAUUUGUGCCUAGAAGAACUUGAAGGCGUCAAGAAUGUACUUGUGGAGUUAAAUAAUUGGAAAGAUCUUCCACAUUUAAAAAGACUUCAUGUCAAAAAUUGUAUGCAUGUCCAAUAUAUCACAAUGAACAAAAUUGGGGUUCCUAGAUUAUGCUUCAUCACACUUGAAAAUCUACCGUAA